GCUCGAUCCGCUCGCUCGCUCAAAAGCCCGUCGGAGAAUCUGCCCUCUUGCAUUCAGCGCCUCGCUUGUCGAAGGCUCAUUCACUCACUCACUCCUGCACCCGAGACGCUCCCCACCCCCGUCUCACGACACAAACAUCAAACACUUCUCCUGCUCCGCCCUCGCACCCCAAGUCUUCUCUCCUGCAAGAAAUCUCCCGCACCUUUACGCUGCGUCGAUCGCCUGCGUGAUCUUCCUCCUUCCUCCUUCCUCCACUUCGACCGAGCUCAUUGUUUUUCCUGGUGCAAUCGGCUUGGCAUUGCACAGUGCACAGGCUGCUGUUGAUUGGCAUUUUCCUGGUGGAAGGUCCACUCGCACAGACGAAUGAGGUUUUCCUUGUCUACCUGCAUCAGUAGGGUAGGAGGAAUGCGCCUGGGGAAAUUGACAAGUCAGUCAUUGGUUUCAUAAACAUCAGUCUUGCGCGUCAUUCUUAUACGACGUCGAGAACUGAGUUUCACGACAUUUCCUCCAUCAAGAUCCCUGGAUCGUUGUGCUGCGACAAGAGUGUGGCGUGGGAUAACAAUUUACCAGAACGGCGUUGCGAAAUCCUGGCUUGAGCUUUUAUAGUCGUCGAGGUCGUCAUUUGGACUUGUACACCGGGCUUCGCGGGCUGCAUUAUAGAGGAUCGAAUUGAAGUUAUUACCUGCAAGCAAGGCAGAUAGAAGUUGAGAUGGAAAAGAAGUGUGAACUUUGUGGAGAUCGGGCAACACUUUAUUGCGCUGCAGACGAUGCCAACGUGUGCUGGAGCUGCGACGCGAAAGUUCACAGUGCGAAUUUCUUGGUUGCACGACACGCUCGUUCCGUCUUGUGCGGACGUUGCUGCCAGGAGACAGACUGCAAGACAUCAGGUCCCCAUCCGUCUCCUCUUUCUCGUCUUUGUUCCCGCUGCAACCCCUCCACGACGGCAGCAGUCGUGAACGAUUGCAACGGUGACAGUGAGGAAAUGGAGAACAGCGAGACUCUGAGUUAUCCGAGCGCUACCACUGAAGCGGCAGACUCAGGAUGCACCUGUGCAAGCCAGGAGAGCCACACCGGUGAGCACUUAUCCCGUCAAGGCAGAAGGAAGUCAGCCGUAGAGAUGGUGGGGCGAGCAAGGGGUUCUCGUAGAUUCCACGGUGCCGAAAUUAAACGAUUGUGGGGUGUCGAGCGAGGGAAAACUCUUCAAGGAAGAAGGAUUCAGAAGAGGAGUAGCUCUCCAACUGGAUUGGUAAUCCAAACCCUUCAACUGGAAUCCCGCAGCCAGCGGACUGAUCGAUCUUUCGGGUACGGAUCCGGAGUGGGAAGCAACUCAGUAUCGCCGACGAAGGAGGUUUGUCAAAAACCAGUUUCUUGCGACCUCACGGAGGAGUCAUCUUGCGUUUCGUAUCUUGACGAGGAAGGUUCUUACAACGAAGAUGCCGUCUGAUGUUCCGGGAGUUCACCUCUGCCAUUGAAUAUAGACCGACUUGGAGGGAGAUCCUUGUGCGCAUCGGAACUCACUGCGGCCCCAAGAAAGUACCGUACCAGUUCUGAAACGAAGAAUGUGACCGGAGUCUUUUCAUCGGUUCUUCUGGUCUAUUCAUCGACUCUAAUCGAUUCAUGGACAAUCGAUUGUCUACUUACGCACAUUGGUGCCUUCCAUUUGUGGAUAUCGCCGACACAUCCACUUCAGCAGCAGCUUGAUGAUUGAUCGGGGCCAGAAACCCAAUGUGAAUACGAGGAAAGCGUAUUUUUGUUCAUAAUCUUUACAGUAGUUCCUAGAUGUUCCCUUCGGGGUUUACAGCAGCCGCGGCUUUCAGUAGUAGCUCUUUGUUAUACGGCGGGCGACCCCGCAGAGUAGGUCACAGGCCGGAGGUUUCACCAAUGGUCAGCAUUGUAGAGACUCAGGACAAGCUUGUUGUGGAGAUAGAGGAUGAAUGAGUCAUAUUUUUGAAAGCUCUCGACUAUCCAAGAUUGUUUAGAUUGGUAACUUGCACGGUGUAGUUCUGCGAUUGUCACAUUUAAUUGGAUAGUUACAACCUACGAGGAGAAGAUGAGAAGUCGUGGUACAUAGCGCCAGUUUAGGACUACAUGAACCUAGCAGUACUAUUUGCGAUACUACUUGUAGUUUGGGAGAAUCAUGUGCCAAAAGCACAUUGCUUUCCCCUUGCAUCCUGUCCUUGGUAGAAGGCUUCUUUCAGCAGAUCAGCGAAGGAGGUGCCAUUCGCAAUUUAACGUUCUGUAAAUGAGGAUAUCCAAUCCUGCUGUUGUUCCCAGACUUUUUUUCUUUUUCUUACACUACACCUUGGGAUAUUUGGGAAUAAAAUCGACCGAUGUCUU